AUAUAUGAAUUAUUUUGCUUGCCCUCUUCAUAAUGGACAUUUUCUAACACUUGUCUGUACAGACAGAUCUUGUAAUGAGAAAUCAUUAAUCUGUCGUAAGAAUUUUAUAUGAUUUUAUAGCUCUUUGUGAACAUACGGAUCAUUAAUCACACAAUACUUUACCAAUCAAACUUAUGAUUUAAUAGGUUGAUCAUGCAGCCAAUCAUAAUACCGAAUUAAGUUAAUAAAGUAUUUUAGAUGUUUCCCUUUUCUUAGAUAAAUCAUAUAAUGAAUGUCUUAGAGCAGUACAACUAUGUUAUAAAAAUAUAGGUCAAUCGAUUUAAUGAAUAACUAAUCAAUAUUUCCAAGGUGUUGUCUAAGAAAGUUGAAACAUACUAUCUUGAUCUCAAAAAUCAAUUAAGAAAUUUUUCCAGCUCUAAAACUCCAAUUUAGUUUCUGCUUGAUUCCCUUAACAUUCCUGCUGAAUUACCUGAGUAUAAAAACAAUAUUGAGUAAAUCACAUAAAUCAUAAUUAGAUAAAUUCUGGAACAAUAUACUUUUGGAAAUGGUAUGGCUAUCAAAUAAAGUAUAAAUUCAGCAAUUAUGGUUGCUUGCAAAUCUUAAAUUACUUAGCUCAAUGACUAAUUAACAGAAUUGUAAAUAGACAUAGAUACAAAAGUUGAAAAUUUAGGCAAUAUUUUCAAAGCUUAACCUAUCACAGCAACAGAUUUAGUAUAAUCAAUCUCUUUCCAAUUUUCAUAAACAUUUAAAGGUGCAAAUAUUAGUUUAAGUGGUCAAAAUAUGAUUGCAGAGCAAAAAACAUCAGAAUCUAAUGGAUAAAGAUUCAUAAUUUGUGAACCUUGUGUACCUAAGAAUGGAGUUUAUAAAUUUGGUUUUAAGGUUAUCAAAUAUGCUGGAUGGAUUGGAAUUGGUGUUUGCCAUAGAGAUAUUAUUGCCAGUGCUAAUUACAAAUUUAACUAUACUAAUAUAGGUCAUGGGUAAACUAUAAUAAUAAUAAUGUAGAUCAUAUUUAAUAUCAAAUAAUGCCUAUUCAUGGUCUCAUUUGUAGAAGGAUUUGAAUUCAGCUCACAAAUCCUUUGAUUUUGGAGUAGGAGAUAUAAUUAUUGUUGAAGUUGAUAUUCCAAAAAAGAAAAUUACAUGGUAUAAAAAGAAAUCUUAAUUGAAAUUUGUAAGAGAAUAAUCAAUAUAAUUUAUAGUCUAUGAAUUUGGAUACAAAUUUAGAUCUGUAUCCAUGCGCAAACUUAUGCAGUCCAGGAGAUACUGUUGAAAUUGUCAAUAAGGUUGAGUCUUGAUU